AUGGAAAAUCACCACAAGAAGGCACAAAAAGGAAUAUUAAUUGGAUAUGACUCUGACAAUGGCUACCGUAUUUGGGACAGCAACUCUUUCAAACUGAUUCGUUCCAGAGAUGUCACUUUUAAUGAGAAUCCUUUAUUGGGUCACUUUGAAGAGAUUGACGAGCCUGUUGCCAUUCAGAACAAAACUGCUGAUAAAAAUUCCAACACCCUGUUUGACUUCGUCAUUCCUCGUCAGCAUGAAUGUUACACGCCGGCCGACACGAGCAACAUCCAGCAGACAUUGACAAGUCAUGAUGAAAGUAUCGCAUCGUCUUCUCAGCAAGAUGAACAUGCUGCUGAAUCAUCAUGUGCAGAGAUUGAAACUGCGAGUGAAGAUGACGUGCCAGAGGCUGAAACAUUUUUAGAGGCGGAGGAAUCCUUUUACGAGCCUAUAUCCGAAGAAGAGGUUAGCGAUGUAAUCGAGACAGAUCGUCAAGUCAACGAUAUAAAUGAAUCGAGGCCAGACCGUAGAGACGAUUCGUCUUUAUCUGCAUCUGAGAUCGAGGCUGAAGGCAGGAUGACGCUACGAGACCGAUCAAAUCUCAGGCCACCGGCUAGAUACAUAGACUUCAUUUGCAACAUUUGUAUGAAUGGCAAUUCGAUAAGCGAUGAAAAUCGAAAAGAGCCAAGUACAUUUCAAGAAGUGAUGGCAUCUAAAGAUUUUGAUGAAUGGAAAAAGGCAAUGGAUAAUGAAAUUAAUUCUCUAAAAGAAAAUGAAACAUGGGAAAUGGUAGAUUUACCCAAGGGCAGAAAAGCGAUCUCAAGCAAGUGGAUUUUUAAGAUCAAGACGAAUCCUGACGGAUCGAUUGAUAAAUACAAAGCCAGACUUGUAAUAAGAGGUUUUUCACAGAAGAAGGGUUUAGAUUAUUAUGAAACCUUUAGUCCUGUUGCAAAGACAAGUACCAUAAGAGCAUUACUCAGUAUAGCUGCUCAAGAAAAUCUCUCUCUAUGUCAGUUCGACGUUUCAACUGCCUUUCUAUAUGGCAAAUUGAAAGAGGAUAUUUAUAUGAAGCCUCCAGAAGGAUAUUCAAACAAUGAUGGUAAAGUUUGCAAACUUAAACGAAGUCUCUAUGGACUUAAACAAGCACCGAGGUGCUGGAACUCUACUAUUACUGAGCACAUCCUCAAAGUUGGCUUCAUACAGAGUGAGGGUGACCCCUGCUUGUUUAAAAGAGAGGGAAAGAACAAGUUAUUAAUAGCUUUAUAUGUUGAUGACGGAUUGAUAGCGUCAGCAAGUUCAAAAGAAACUGAAAAGUUUUUGGACGAAAUGCGUCAACGCUUCAAAAUCACAACGAAAUGCGGUUCCUAUUUUCUUGGAAUUGAAAUAGAACGUAAAGUUGAUAGGUCAAUCAAAAUUGAUCAAAAGAGCUAUGCAAAGAAGCUACUGCAAAGAUUUGGCAUGCAGAAUUGCAAAGCUGCAGUAACCCCAAUUGUUAAAGAUAACGUGCUAGCUUCGAAAGACAUUACGGAUAUCCAUGACUUUCCAUAUCGACAGGUUGUUGGAGCAUUAUCCUAUUUGAUGGUUGGCACUAGACCUGACAUUGCUUUUGCAGUUGGAAUAGUGUCACGGAAGCUAGAUAAUCCAACAUCAGAAGAUGUAGCGAGAGUUAAGCGAAUUCUACGCUAUGUUAAAGGCACCCUAGAGUAUGGUAUAACAUACAAAUCUUCCACUGUAGAACGAGGCUUAAGAUGCUACAGUGAUGCUGAUCAUGGUGGUGAUGAGACGACUGGACGCUCCACCAGCGGCAUGAUUUGCCUCAACGCCAAUGGUGCAAUAGCAUGGCAGAGUAAACGUCAGACUACUGUCGCAAUAUCUUCUACAGAAGCUGAAAUAAUUGCAGCAAGUGAGGCCGCCAGAGAAGUUAUAUGGCUUAAACGGAUCAUGAACUUCAUGCAGAGUAAUACUCAGAAGGAGAUUACACCACUCUUUAUAGAUAAUGAAUCCGCUAUAAGAUUAGCUUAUGAUCCACCUUACGAAGCACACCAGCGAACAAAGCAUAUAAGGCUUAAACAUUUUUUCGUAAGGCAGUGUGUCCUAGAAAAGGAUAUAAAAGUUGAGAAGGUUGAUACCAAGAAUCAACUGGCAGACUUCUUGACAAAGCCAUUAUUUAAGCCUAGGCUUCUAGAACUAUGUAAGCUAGCUGGAGCCUCCACUUAA